AUGGCGAUGUGGUCAUGGAAGCAAAGAGGCCCUUUCUACCGGCGCGCACAAGCUCCACAAUCCUUUUGGUCAAACAACAAAGAUCCAGAGAAGAAGCCCAGAAUCAAUUUGAAUCCAUCAGAAUCAAUCCAUCAGAAUCCAGGUUUCGAGACCAGCUUUGAUUCCAGGUUUCGAUUUCGAGACCUGCUCGGUUCGGCCAUUUUGGCAGAGAAUUUGCCGGCUGCCAAGGCUACCAGAGAUCCCACAAAGACCACGGCCGCACCACCGAUGGCCUUGGCCCCGGCACCGGCUGCAGAAGCAGCUCCACCAGUGGCGACGCCGCUUCCAGAACCCGCGCCCAGCAACGGUGGAGCGACUGCUGCGGCAGAUGGCACCGAGGCGCCGGUCGUCUCAGAGGCGGAAGAAGCCGCGAGGACACAUUGCUUGGGCAGUGGAGAGGCGCCCUUCUCCGGCGAGGAGGCGAUGCUGCGGCCGGCGGCGAUGCCUGGCCUGCAUGUGCAACUCUUCCGGCGGUUACAGGCCAAGUGGCAGUGUUACGACGCCUACUGCCGCGUUUGCAUGGCAUUGGGCGUCAACCAGAUUCUGCAGGGCCUGACGUACUAUGCCAUUGUCCACACACUGGUGGAAAACAGAUCGCCCAGUUGUGGCUAUGCUUUGUUGGUGAUUUUCCAAGCUGCAGCACUGGCGGUAGCUAUUCUGGACAUUUCCGGUUUGCGCCGGAGGGCAUUGCUGGCAGUUCAGGCCGUGGGGACUCUCCCGGCCACCUUGGCGGCCCUGGCCGUGCACAGCGCCGAGCGCAACGAAGCCGGAGUCCUGGAUCCAGGUGCAAUCUACUACACCUCUCCAGCCAUGUUCUUCUUGCAAGCUUGCUGGCUGGAGCUGCUGCUUUGGGUCGCCAAGCCCAGCCAAGAUGACGCGGCGCUGCCCCGGCGCUUCCGCACGGUGCUCUUCUUGGAUGUCUUCGGUGACGGUGUCGAUCCAACAGAUGCAGAGAUCCGACCCAAUCAAGCCACUCCAAGUGGCUUUGGCCUUGAGGAGGAACGCCUCCAGGCGGCCGAGCGCGUCGCCGGCGCCGAGGCGGCCCUGGCCGUGGCCGCCGCCGCGGUGAAGCGCUGGGAGGCGGCGCCUCGAGUGGUUCUCUCCGAGACGCAGUCAGCGGAAUUGACACGAAUACGGAUUGAGCUUCAAAUCUGGCGCCGCGCCUUGAAAGGAGAGCUUGCCUGGAGAGCAGCGGCCCGUGGCCUGCCCCACGAGGCGGACGUGCUCGGCGAUGACUCGAUCAGGAGUGCCAGUGGGUCGACUGGUGGCGACCGAGAAGUGUCGAUCUACUCGGCGGUGGGAGAGAGACCUGAGAAGUGUCGACGUUUUCGCCAAGGCCCAACACAGUAUGCAAUGCCUUUCUCAUCACCACCUGGACGUUUUCAUCAAUUUCCACUCCUUGGCGUGGCUGAGUUCGUGUUCAGUUCGUGUCCUUAUGAGAGACCGCGCAUGACCGCGCCUUAUGGAGGCCUUGGGGUGAGCUUCUGCCCGAACAGGAGGACGAAGAUCCAUUUCAAGGCUGUUUGGUGGGUCCCUUUGAGCAUGACAUGGGCUAUGAGUCGUCCACCUACUGGUAUGAUCCAGAGAAGGUGA